CUGAGAUCAGCCAAUUAGGUUCUAGUGGCGUGUUUAAAACUACCACGACUGUAGUAAAACUGACCCGAGAACGGUGAUUUGUAUGCCGUGUUUCUGUUCACUUCUCAUGCUUUAUCGAAGCUGUAGCCGCUUCCUGGUUGUGGCAGCGGUCCUGUGAAGGUGCAAACAUGUCCCUGAGUGUGUUAUAUCACAGCCUGGGCUGCCGUCUGCUUCAUGGCAGAGUAUUACGGAGCCCAGUGAGGAUCACAGCCGGCGCUUUACGGAGGGAGGCGGGCCUGAAACAUGCGCUGUCCCCGCGGAGAGCUCACUGCUGCCUGGUAAAUGUGAGUCAGCAGCACACCUGCAGAGCGACACAGUGGCUGAAUCAACACAACUUAAGAACAUUUUCCUCACUGCCUCCUCCACCUUCAUCAGGAGAUAAGCCAAAGAAGUCUGGGCCUGUGACGUGGAAAUCUUUAGCCAUAACAUUCGCUGUCGGGGGUGCUCUGCUCGGAGGGAUGAAAUAUUUCAAGAAAGAAAAGGAGGAAAUGAUUGAAAAAGAGAGGAACAAAUCAAUAGGGAGGCCGGCGCUGGGAGGCCCGUUUUCACUCAUCGAUCACAACAACAAGCCCACCCAGAGCGAGGACUUCCUCGGCCGGUGGAUCCUCAUCUACUUUGGGUUCACUCACUGCCCCGACAUCUGCCCCGAUGAGCUGGAGAAAAUGGUGGAAGUGGUGGAUGAAAUAGACAAAAUAAAAACUCUUCCAAACUUGACGCCGAUCCUCAUCACCAUCGACCCUGACAGAGACACUCCAGAGGCCUUAGCCUCGUAUGUGAAAGAGUUUUCCCCAAAGCUGAUUGGUCUGACGGGGUCGACAGCUCAGAUCAAUGAAGUUUCCAGAGCGUACAGAGUUUACUACAGUCAGGGGCCAAAGGAUGAAGACAGCGACUACAUCGUCGAUCACACAAUCAUCAUGUACCUCGUGGGACCUGACGGAGAGUUUGUGGAAUAUUUUGGACAGAACAAAAGAAGUGUGGAGAUCACCAACUCGAUAGCAGCACACAUGAGGAAGUACAAGAAAGGAAAAUGAGCUGCAGCUCAUUAAAGUCGACCGCGGACUCUCAGACAUCCUCAGGCAUGUCUGUCAACUACUGCCAUCAUAUCUUGGCUUUUAUUUAUUCUGGAUCCAUGAUUCCAUAAAGAUACAUGUCUGCAGUGAUGCUCAGUGGUGUACAAUUUC